GAAAACGCUCUUUGAAACGGGAGGAGGAAGAGAGAGAAAAAGGGCACGCAGAAAAUACCUUUUGAGAGAGAGAGGGCGAGCGAAAGUCAUACCAGUCAUGGACGGACUGAUACAUAUAUAGAGAGAGAAAACUUAAGCAAUACUACUACAAGGACGCCCAUUCUCUUUCUAACAUCCCUUUCCAUCACUCCCAAAAUCAUCGGACUCCAACAUUUUGCCGAUACAUCUCCAACAUCGUACAUCUGUAUUUAUGUUGAUGCAUUCGUGUAUAGGUUCAAACAUAUACGUAGUUGUGUAUACAUUUCUGUAGAUAUAUAGGUUGUGCAAUGGAGCUGUACGGUCGGACAACUCCAAUGGAAGGCUCACAGUCCGAUCCGGCGGUGGAAUGGAGCUCGCCACCCGGCGAGACAGGACUAGAAGAGCCUUUGUGGCAAUUGGGACUGGCCGUUGGCGGGGAAGCUUACCCGGAACGCCCGGACGAGCCGGAUUGUAAUUAUUACUUGAGGACUGGAUUUUGUGGAUACGGGGCAAGGUGUCGUUUCAAUCAUCCACAGGACCGUGGUUUGGUGAUGGGAGCUAUGAGAUCUGCUGGAGGAGGAGAGCACCCAGAAAGAGUGGGCCAACCUGUUUGUCAGUAUUAUAUGAGAACUGGAAUGUGCAAAUAUGAAACAUCUUGCAAAUAUCACCAUCCAAGACAGGGAGGUGGAACUGUUGGUCCUGUGGCACUAAACAUUUCAGGAUACCCUAUUCGUCCGGGAGAAAAAGAGUGCUCAUACUAUGCGAAAACAGGGCAGUGUAAAUUUGGUGUAACCUGUAAAUUCCAUCAUCCUCAACCAUCAGGCCUUCAAGUCCCACCAUCAGGACCUGCUAUUUAUCCAAGUCCAACACUUCCAUCAUCUCAACAACAGUAUGGAGUGGUUUCAGGAAACUGGCAAGUGGCAAGGCCUACUCUAAUUCCAGAUUCAUACAUCCAAGGGGCUUACAGUCCUGUAUUAUUUCCUUCAGGGGUUGUUUCAUUUCCCAGUUACAGUCCUUACCAGACACAUGCCAGUCCAGUAGCUUCUCCAAGCAAUCAAUCCUCUAUUGGAGCACCUCCUGUAUAUGGUGUAACUCAAUUAUCUCAUUCAACGCCUGCUUAUACUGGAACUUAUUUAUCAUUGCCUUCUAUUGUUGGUCCCUCAAGCGGUGGCCAGAAGGAACAGCCGUUCCCAGAGAGGCCUGGUCAACCGGAAUGUCAGUAUUACAUGAAGACGGGAGAUUGUAAAUUUGGAUUGUCAUGUAGAUACCAUCAUCCACCAGAUUGGAGGAUAACAAAAGUAAAUGUUGUCCUUAGCCCUACGGGACUUCCACUUCGUCCGGGUGCACCAGUUUGCACCCACUAUGCUCAAAAUGGUGUAUGCAAGUUUGGGCCAUUGUGCAAAUUCGAUCACCCAAUUGGAACAUUGAGUUACAGCCCAUCUGCAUCUUCUCUUGCCGAUAUGCCUGUUGCACCUUAUCCUGUUGGAUCAUUAGUAGGUACUCUUGCCCCAUCAUCAUCAUCUUCAUCAUCGGAGUUGAAGCCAGAAGUAGUUUCUGGCUCAAAGGAUGCAUACUCUACCCGAAUAUCAUCUUCCAUGACCACUUCUAGCAGUUUUGUUGGUUCAGUUUUCUCUCAAAGUGGUUCCUCUGCUCAGGGUUCUAGUUCUGCACCUUCCACUCUCAGCAGGAAUGAUGAUGAGCCUAUCAAAGGUCUCUCUUGAUCUUCGUCAACCUUAAUUUUUUUUCACAUUCAGGCAAGUCUUCUAAUCCAUGGCCUCCCACUGUGCAGAUUAGGAAACCAUAUAGACCAUUCGAAUCAUCUCCUUGUUCAUAUAAUCUUAUAUAUGGCAACAUCUUUUCUUCAUGAAUAAGCC